AUGUCUGCCUCUAUCGAGUGGUUUGGUGCGACAACGUACCGGCUCAAAACCAACGGACUGGUCAUUUGGCUUGACACCUGGCUGGAGAGACCGUCGGUCCUGCCCAAAUACCUAGAUGUGGAUGAUGUCGACGAGGCGGACUACAUAUUUAUUUCACACGCCCACUUUGACCAGUAUGCCUCGACCCAGUCCACCUACUCUCACUCCUUUCGGUGCCGGGGGCACCAGCUAACAGUGAAGAUCAAUGACAGCCUGCCAGGUUCUGAUCGCAUCGCCAAGAAGACAGGCGCCAUCGUGAUCGCCAACGGCGAAGCCAUCAACCUCCUCCGAGGCGCGGGCGUUCCGGAUGCGCAGCUCAUGCCGGUCGCUGGUGGUGAGAGGAUCCCGCUGUUCCGCAAGACUGACCGCGAGAAAGCCUCAGCAGGGGCAAUUGACGUCGCACCCGGUCCGCCGGGUGCCCCCCCACGGCCUCACGAUGGCUUUGCCGCCAUGGCAGUACACGUGUGGCCCGCGUUGCACUGCUUCAUGCCCGGCCCACCCGGACAGCUUCCAGAUGUGAUUGAUACGCGGACCAGGUAUACCGGAGGAGCCGGCCCUUACACCUGCACGCUUGACAUCACCAAUGGGAUGAAGCAUGCUCUCUUGCGGCUUGGCGAUCUCGUUCCAAAGGAUAUGAGAGACGCGGGGAUCCAGUCAAUGAUCGACUACACGAGCGACAGGAAACGGCAUGUGUUCUCCGAGUUUGAUGGUGGGCAGCUCUCCUACAAUUUCCUCAUCGGCCCAGGGAAAACACUCUUUUGGAAUGGCCAUCUGGGAGGCUACGAGGGAGUGCUCAAGGCCAUGGAGCCCAAGCCGGAUGUCGCCAUUCUCGCCGUCGCGGGACGGGCGAACCUGGACGGACGACCGUACGACGGCUCGGCAGCAGAGUUCAUCAAGACGCAGCUUGACUGGAUUGGGCAGCCGGAAACGGUCAUCUGGAGCCUCUACGACCAAUCGCCAGUCAAACCUUACCGUGUAGAUACGGCUGGCGUCACCGAGUUGGUGCACAACGAAACAAAAUCCAGAGUCAAAGACCUUGAGCCUGCGGUUGCGGCUAGUAUUUUUUGA